UUCCGGAGGUUGCUUCUCUCCGUUCGGUUCGGGACCUCUACGAUCGCAUUCAGAAGUGGUGGUUUCUGUGACACCAUGUAUCGACUCAACGGAUGUGUCUCUCAGUGUGAACGUGCUCGAUCUGACCGGCAUCCUCAACCUGUCCAGUGUCACCUCUCCCGUGGCUUCUUCACCGCUCUGGGCAGAACCGUUGCAAAUUCUUUGUCAAAUAAACUGGACGGUAGAUCACGUGAUUGAUGUGGCCGCUGUUAUGCUACAAAAGAUCUAUCAACUGGAAAUCCCUCGACAUCG